AUCAUUCUGUAGGGGCAGCUGUAGGACAGCUCUCUGGGAUAACUUACGGUCUGUUUGCCAAGACUCGCUUCCUUUUAUCCCCGAAUGGAUGCUUAGUGGGAAAAUUAUGCAGCUUGUCGUAGAACCCCGCUUCGGGAGAAUAAAGGAUGGAUAUCUUUAACGACAGUCUGAUUGAGCUCAGCGCCAAUAUCUCUGCCCUCUUCUGUGAACUCCAGUUGGAGAAUUAUACCAAUUUUUGCUUGAAUCACUCUCCCCGGACUUUUAAAGAAUUGGACCAGACGGUACGGAUCUUCCUCUAUUCCUUGAUUUUUUUACUCAGCAUCCUGGGGAAUACCCUGGUGAUCACGGUGCUGAUCAGAAACAAAAGGAUAAGGACGGUCACCAACUUAUUCCUGCUGUCGCUGGCCAUCAGCGACCUCAUGCUGUGCUUCUUCUGUAUGCCUUUCACCCUGAUCCCCAACCUGCUAGAGGAUUUCAUUUUCGGCAGCUCCCUCUGCAAAAUUACCAGCUAUUUCAUGGGUGUCUCAGUGAGCGUGUCAACUUUUACCCUGGUGGCCAUCUCUCUUGAGAGGUACAGUGCCAUAUGCAAACCCCUACAGUCUCGGGUCUGGCAGACCAAAUCCCACGCCCUGAAGGUAAUUGCGGCCAUAUGGGGCCUGUCUUUUGUCAUCAUGACGCCAUACCCAAUUUACAGCACCCUGGUGCCCUCAGCGCGUCCUAACAGCACCACAUCCAAGUGUCGUACUAAUUGGCCAAGCACAGUGAUCGAGCAGUCCUGGUAUAUUUUGCAACUCCUCAUCCUUUUCCUUAUCCCGGGGAUCGUAAUGAUGAUAGCGUAUGGAUUAAUCUCCCUGGAGCUCUAUAGAGGGAUAAAAUUUGAUGCGAGCAACAGAAAAUCUUCUCGAGAAAGGAAAGCUAGUGAGAGCAGCAGAGGCAGGUACGACGAUGGGGAUGGUUGCUACUUGAAGAAGAACAAGAAGCAGCAGCAGCAGAUUCCCCUACGUCAACUUUCGUCCAUCAGCUCCUGCAGCAACAACCAGAAGGUUGACCGUCCAAGGAGCAGCUCUUCCUCAGCCAACCUGAUGGCCAAGAAGCUAGUCAUCCGAAUGCUGAUUGUGAUCGUGAUCUUAUUCUUCAUCUGUUGGAUGCCCAUCUUCAGCGUCAACACCUGGAGGGCCUUUGACUCCAUUUCUGCUCACCUCCUCCUCUCGGGAACUCCCAUCUCGUUCAUCCAUUUGCUCUCCUACAUCUCCGCCUGCGUGAAUCCGAUCGUCUAUUGCUUCAUGAAUAAGCGUUUCCGCCUGGGUUUUCUUGCCACCUUCGCUUGCUGCGCCAAGCCACGCCCCCCAGUGGCCCGAGCGGAGAUGGGAGAGGACGAGGAAGGAAAGACAACCAGAGCAUCCUUCUCCAGGUAUUCUUACACCCACAUGAACAUGGCUGUCCCUCUAUGAUUGGCAAGCCAGGAGAAGAAGAACAUUGUAAGCGUUGCAACUCCUACCUUCACCCGCGUGCAUCAAGCCCAUCUAAAAAUAGUUUGGUACUUUAGGAUUUCUUGCUUAAGCUGGGAUUUGGACUAAAAGACCUCUAGAGUCCCUUCCAAUUCUGUUAUUCUGUUAUUACCAUGUUUUCCCGAAAAUAAGACUCUGUCUUAUAUUUUUUUGAACCCUGAAAUAAGCGCUUGGCCUUAUUUUCGGGGAGGUCUUAUUAUUUUGGGGCGCGUGGAGCAAGACGGGGCUCCUCUUGCCAUCUUACCUGAUUUCCAGCUCUGUCUCCCUAACCCUAACCAGAGGAAAUGGUGGGGACUGGCUGCACAUGUGUUUAAAUAUUUUCGGGGAGGGCUUACUUUCAGGGGGCGGCAUAUUUUAACGCAUGCGCUCAAAAGCGCGAUCGGGCUUAUCAUCAGGGGAUGUCUUAUUUUCAGGGAAACAGGAUAUUUCAAAGACAAUUGGGAGAGAUAGGACUGGGAGAUGAACAGCAUACUCAUCGAUCAAAGAUCUCUCCCCGUAGGAUCCUUCAAAGGCCAGUUCAAUAAAUCCAGAGUCGUAUUGCCAUAAUCUGUGACAAAAUACCCAUCAGAGAAAGGGUAAAAUUCAUCCAUACUUUUCUUUCCUAAUUCAUUUUGCAGCUGGGCUUCAGUGCCUCCAAAUUAACUACGUGAAGAUAAUGGAAGGCAAACAUUUAAAAAAUGCCAUAGCUGUUUGGGAAAGUAAAGAGUUUCAUGUUUGGGGAAUAAACAAUGAAGUCCCCAAGUGUCUCACCGUAGCUCCAUUUUUGUCAGAGUUUCUUGCAAAAAUCAAAUCCAGAAGCACACAGAGAUAAUUGAUUCAAGCAGGAUUCAUUAAAUAAGAAACAUCUUUAUAUACAAGGCUAUAUAUACAAUACCUAUUUAGAUUCUUCUUCAACGUAGUAGCAGUUCAACACAAGGCAGGAGAGAACAGUUAGUUUCAUUUCAGCAGAGCAGACCAGCAGACAAGUUCACACUCCGGUUUCAGUUUCAAUUCUCUGCACAGACUCAAAAGCUGCAGACUAAGACACGCCCUGGCUCCAAUCUGUCUCAGCUCCCAAUUGGCUGACUUAGUUGCUAUGCUUAUUCAUUAGCUGACCUUGUUACCAUGUCUCCAUUUAGUCUCCAUUGGCUGAUCUAUUCUAAUCCAUGAAUAUUCAUACUCUGACAAUUUUUCGAUGACAAUUUAAUGUACUUUCGAUUCAGAGCAGUGGUGGAACAAGGAACUGAUUUGACUGUAAUGUUUUAUUCUUCUCUAGCCAACACCAUCUCGCAAGAUCUUCUAGGUCAGUUCAAGAGAACCCACCAUCAAUACACAAGAAUAAUCCCCUCACCUUUGGUACACCAAAAUGAUGCACCAAGAACCAGUGUUCAUACAUAAAGGUAGUCCUUGACUUGCGACCAUAAUGGAGCCCAACAUUUCAGUCGUUAAGUGAGAUGUUUGUUAACUGAGUUUCGCCCCAUUUUAUGACCUUUCUUGCCACACUUGUUAAGUGAAUCAAUGCAGUGGAUAAGUUAGUAACCUGGUUGUUAAGUGAAUCCGGCUUCCCCGAUGACUUCGCUUGUCAGAAGGUCACAAAACGGGACCAUGUCUUGGGGUCAUGAGAUCCCCUUUCCUAUAUUAUAAAUAUAAAUAUGAACCAAUUGCCAAGCAUCUGAAUUUUGAUCACAGGAUCAUGGGGAUGCUGCUAAGGUCAUAACUGUGAAAAACAGUCAUAAGUCACAUUUCCGGUGCCGUUGUAACUUUGAACGGUCACUAAAUCAACCGUUGUAAGUCAAGGACUACCUGUACUGCCUAUUGAUAGGAAAGCUUUAUUAGCUAGCCUAGCUGAGAGCUGUUGAUAUUCCUUUUUUCUGAUACGUGGUAGAUUGCAACUUUUAUGGCCUUUCGGCCUACAUGGAGCAUGGAGAGAGAAACAUUAACCUUGGUUGAUACCAGUGGUGGGUUUCAAAAAAUGUUACUACUGGUUCUGUGGGCGUGGCAUGGUUU